AUGUCACCGAAUACAUUGCGCUGGCUUCUCUUGAACGAUGCCCCGGAUGCUUAUUUAUCCUGGUCGAAAAGUAAUGUUUCCGCUUUGCUGUAUAUACAUGGCCUUUGCGGUGUUGGGAAAAGCUUUAUUUCCUCCUUCUUAUGGGAACACCUCAGGAGUGGGAGCCCAGGCAAUGGCUCCACGGUAAUAUAUUUUUCAUUCGAAAAGGACGACUUGCGUCGAACCACGACGAGGAGCAUGCUGUUGUCGUUCAUCCACCAGCUCUUGACUGGCCAGCCUCGCACUUUCUUGAGUAUUCGGACCCAAUAUGAAUCAAUACGCCAGCAACUUCCAUGGACAAUUGAGGAACUAUGGAUGUUUUUUCGAGCUAUGAUAUGCUCUCCGGUGCAUCAGGAAUUAUUCUGCAUCAUAGAUGCCAUGGAUCAAGCUGACAGCUCCAUCAGCCGAAAUCUGCUCGACAUAAUCCGUUUUUGUGCCUCAAGGAAUGCAAAGGUCAAGAUGAUAGCCACCAGUCGAAUCCAACCUGGUCUGCAAUCACCCUUACUCUUCACUAUCGACCUGGGCCUUCAAAGCAAGAUAAAGAUGGAUGUGGAGACAGUUGGCAGGGAACAUGCUCAACAUCUGAUUCAGGGCAGCCAGGCAUUUGUCGGACUCGAAAAGGAGCUCGUUGAACAUUUCCAAAGCCUGUCCACACAUUUGGAAGGUAGCUUCUCUUUCAAAUCUCUUGGGAGAUCGGGCCUUCGAUCAUCGCGCAAGGCGAUACGGGAAGAGCUGGCAUCAUUGGCACUCAGUACUUCAUGCAUACGUCGCGGCUUGACGAGCGAUAUCCUGAAGUUGAGCGGUCAGGAUCGAACGGCUCUCUUUUGGAUCUUGCUUUCCUGUCGGCCCUUAACGUGCAAUGAGCUUUCUAUCGCCUCAUCGAUCCGUGAAGGCAAUACGACAUACUUACAGAUACAGGAUGAUAUUCCUCGGGACAUCGCCAGAGAUUUAUCAGAGACUCUUAGUCCCAUAAUCUUUACUCAACACGAGGAGAUUCACAUCGUUCACCCAUCCAUGAAGGAUGUUCUCCUCACCCUGCUGAAAGAAGCGAACAAAGAUUCAAGUUCCACACCUGAGCUAGCUCACGCUGACUUGACCCGCCUUUGCUUGACUUACCUUGCUUUCACAGACUUUGGGCACGAAGAUUUGCCAGAGUCAGUCAAUGAAGUCUUUGGGGAGUGCUUACCUGUACAACAAUACGGCUUCUUAGAAUAUGCUACAGAGUAUUGGCCCGAACAUUAUCGUAGAACUGAGGACCGAUGUUCUCUGUCUCAGGAUGUGUUACGCUUUUUUAAGAAGGAGUGCUUCAAGGCUUGGAACCGAAGACGAGGCUCGACAGGCCGCCCAGGGGAAGAAAGUAGACCCAGUUCUGCGUCUCCGCUACAGGUUGCCGCGGAGUUGGGAUUUAUCGAAAUUUUGAAAGAAUUACUGGAUUCUGAUGCCAAUGCUGCCAGUCUGGAGGACAAAAUCGCCGCCCUGGAAUCCGCUGCAGAGAAGGGACAUCUGGAGAUAGCUGAAUUGCUGCUUAUCAAGGGGGCUUCGUCCGCGCGGGCUCUGACGUCUGCUGUGCAAAAUGGUAAUACCAAGUUGGUGAAACAGCUUAUCAGUGAAAUUAGUGUUAGGGAAUCCCAAGAUGGCAAAGUUCCAGACUUUCAUCUUGCGGCGUUGAGAGGACAUGUUGGGGUAAUGAAAGCUCUUGUGGAAGCUGCGCCGGAUUCGGAAUUCCUUGAUAAUAACAGAUAUGCCUCUCUACGUCUCGUCUGUCAAAGUGGGCAGCUUGCAGUUCUGCGGUACUUACUGAAAGACCACAAGCUCGAGCGCGAACGCGCCCCUGCUUUGCUGCAUGCGGCUGCUAAAGGAGGACACUUGGAGAUUGUACAAGACCUCAUCAAAGCUGGAGCAGAUCCUAAUGCUGCCGACAAUGACAAUCACACGGCCCUACAGUUGGCUGCAGAGGGAGGGUAUGUUUUAAUUGUCAGGGAGCUCAUUAAACUUCUCGAUCCCGAUGUAAAGGACGCUGCCUUGUCUUCCGCGCUCCAUUCUGCUGCUAAAGAAGGCCAUCUCCAAGUCGUGGACGAGCUCGUGAUCGCUGGAGUUGCCCUAGACGCACGAGAAGGGAAACGCACUCAGCCGAUUCACCAGGCGGCGCAAGGUGGACACCUAAAGUUAUUGAAGAGACUUCUCGAACUGGAGGUGAAUCCACUGGCUGUCGAUGAGGAUGAUUUCACUCCACUGCACCUAGCGGCUCGAGAAGGGCAUUUGCCAAUAGUGCUGGAACUCCUCAACAAUGAGGGCGGAAAGGUGACCGGUGAAAUUGAUCUCGAAUCUGCAUUCGGAAGUCAAGCUGAGAACGUGGAAAAGAAUGGUGAAGAUCUGGAUGAAAGUUUUGUGGUGCCAGAGACUGAUGGAGCCACCGAGGAGGAUAAAAUGAGUGACGAUAGCAGCAGAAACGAAGACGCGGAUGCCGGUAAGGAAGGUAAGGACGAUGAAGAUGAGAGCAGCACUACCACCGGCACAGAUAAGAACAGUGAGACCAGUUCUUCUGGUGUCGACUAUGAGGAUGACAACGAUCCUGACAGGUCUGAUUAUCCCUACGAAAUUACGCCGCUGCACUCAGCUGCCCGGAGGGGCCAUGUCGAAAUUGUAAAAGCAUUGCUUGGGGCUGGGGCUGAGCUCGAAAAACCCAACAUACGUCAAAUGACACCGCUGUACCUUGCUGCCCAAAACGGGCAUGCAACGGUUGUCGACUGCCUGCUUCAGAAGGGUGCGGAUGCAAAUGCUAUCGGCGGUAAAGAUGCUACACCGUUACAUCUGGCUAUAUCUACGGGGAAUAUUUCCAUUGUCAAGGCGCUUCUUCAGGCUGGUGCCGAGGUUAACGCGAGUAACCGUAAUGGCGAUGCACCGGUGCAUAUGGCAGUGUAUGCGGGACGUGUAGAUGUCGUGAAAGAACUUCUGAAGUUCGGGGCAGACGUGCGCCGAACGGACAACGAAGGACAAACUCCCCUUCACCUGGCAGCCGCAGGGGGUCAUAGUCAGAUAGUAAAACAGCUUUUCGAGGCCGGUUCCAACCCGGAGCUCACCGAUAGUUCUGGUAACACAGCGUUACAUAUCGCAGCCAAGGAAGGGCACAGUUCUGUAGUCAGAGAGCUCCUGGCAAAAGGUGUGAACUUGUCUACAAAAUCCAGAAACGGCUGGACAGCUCUCCACUUCUCACAUCACAGCACCGAAGUCACAAACCAGCUUCUGAAAGCCGGAGCAGUUGUUGAUGCAACAAACAACAUCGGCUCCACUGCAUUGUUUCUAGCUGCAUACACUGGCUGCGAACCGGUAGUGAAAGCCCUCUUGAAAGCUGAAGCGAAAGCCGACAAGCAGAACAUUUAUAAGUCCACACCGAUACACCGGGCUGCCGAAGGUGGCUAUGUUGGUUGCAUCAAACUGCUGAUAGAAGCGGGAGCAAACCCUUUGCAAAAGAAAAGAUCCAACGUCACGCCUGUGCAGCUGGCAUUGAGCAGCGGCCACCCGGAGGCGGUGGAACAGCUGCUUGAGCCAAUGAAGAAGAACUCUCCACCGAUCAGCGAGUACGAGGAGACCCUGGUGCUGCUGGCUCGGCGUGGGUUUGAAAAUGGGGUUAAGAAGGUCCUGGAGCACCCUCUGCUGAACCUGGAUUCAACAGAUUCCUUGUAUGGCCAGAGCCCACUGUCGCAUGCGGCAGAGAAUGGGCAUGAAGGGAUUGUGCGACUGCUGCUGCAGAAAGGGGCCAACCCCAAUUCGACGGACCUGGCAGGGCGUAGUCCACUCUCAUGGGCAGCCCUUAAUGGACGGGAGGCAGUAGUUCAGUUGCUGCUAGACAAGGGCGCCAACGCCGACCUCAGCGAUAACGAAGGAUGGAAUGCCCUGCAUCUUGCUGUCGCGGAUAACUGCGAGUCUAUAGUGAAGCUUCUACUCGAGAAAGGAGUGGGCACAUCAGCAACACUUAAGAGCGGCUAUACUGCGCUGGACCUCGCGGUGAAUAACUCCUCUCCUGAUAUGGUGCGAUUGCUGGUCGAUUCCGGUGCCUCCAUGUCAACCCGAACCAAGUAUCAAUUUUCUCCUUUGGAUAUGGCGGUGAGGGAUGGAGAUUUAUCUGUUGCCAGGGCUCUGCUUGACCUUGGAGCCGAAAUGUGGGUGACAGGGCCGGACGGACAUACGCCACUGGAUAUCGCUCUCUACCAUGGACACCAGCACAUUGUAGAUCUAUUUCUAGAACAUAACGUCAACUCUCUCGGUGAAGAACAAGGCUUAACAAAGUUGCACUUGGCCAUGCUAAGCGGGAACAAAAAAUCCAUGCAAGAGUUCCUGGACCAGGGCGGUGACAUCAAUUGCUUGGACAAGAAUGGCAUGACGGCGUUGCACUUGGCGGCGGCUCGCAGCGACGAAGACCUUGUGCUGUUUCUGCUUGGGGCGGAUGCCGACGUUGGGAUGAAGGACAAUGAAGGAAUGACGCCACUGCAUCGAGCAGUGAUGGAAGGUAAUGAGACAAUCGUGAGGGCGCUCUUGAGCAAAGGGGCAGAUGUCAACGCGGUCGAUUUGCACGUUUGGACUCCAUUCCACCUCGCAAAGGCUUACGGGAACGUCAAAAUAUGUGACGUGUUAUCCGAAAGUGGCAAGAUGGCCGUAACUUCGGAUCAGGGAGAGGUUAGCAUCUCCAUCCCUCCCAGUCGCUUUAUCAAGGCGGUCUCGUCGUCCGACAUCACCAUCAGCGAGGAUGGGCUCACGGCAACGACUGAGAACGUCACCAAAAUGGAAUUGGCCGCGGGGCUUCAGAUCCGAGCAGAUCAUCCUAUACCUCCCGGGGCAAACACUUAUUACUUCGAAGUGGCAUUUGUCCAUGCGGCCCGGGAAAGUGCUAUUGCUGUUGGCUUUUGUGAAGCUGAUUCCCGGCGGAUCGGGAUGCCCGGCUGGCACAGGGCCGCGUGGGGAUAUCAUGGCGACGAUGGAGCACUAUUUAAUAACAAGGGACUUGGCACACCAUACGGCCCCAAAUAUGCCCAAGGCGACGUGGUCGGUUGCGCCAUCGACUUCACUUCCAAGUCCGCUUUCUUCACAAAAAACGGAGAUAGAGUAGGAGAAGUGACUAAAGCCGCAUUCACCAACGUAGUGGGAAGGCUUUUCCCAGUGGUUGGGAUCGGAGACGCGGGAAUCAAGGUCGUUGCCAAUUUUGGUCCGAAUGACUUCCACUUCAAAGACUUCAAAUAG